AUGGACGGCGCUGGCCAGCCCAACCUGCGCAUCACCAUCAUUGCCGCCGAUGGCCUCUAUAAGCGCGAUGUGUUCCGAUUUCCGGACCCCUUCGCCGUGGCCACGAUCAAUGGCGAGCAGACGCGCACCACGAGUGUCAUCAAGAAGACGCUGAACCCGUACUGGAAUGAGAGCUUUGACAUGAAAGUGAACGAAGAAAGCGUCCUGGCGGUUCAGAUCUUUGACCAGAAGAAGUUCAAGAAGAAGGAUCAGGGCUUCCUAGGUGUCAUUAAUGUCCGCAUCGGGUCGGUAAUAGACCUUGACGCGGGGGGUGAUGAGAUGCUCACGCGCGACCUCAAAAAGUCAAACGACAACAUGGUUGUUCACGGCAAGCUCAUCCUUAACCUCUCCACUAACCUCUCUGCGCCCAUCAGUCAAGGAGGACAGAACGCCACCCGUCCAACCGCCUCCCCGCAUCCAUCCGUAAAUGGUGGCAUCCCAGGCGCUGUGCCCACCCCGCAACAAUCCACGACCAACUUGCACCCUCCCGACGCAUACCCCGGCCAACAACGACCAGCAGUCGCCGGUCAACCGCCUGCUCAGCGCCCACCACCAGCAGGUGCUCCUGCCGGUGGCCCUCCCGCUGGUCCUGGUCCUGCCCCCAACGGUGCCCCUCCAGCUCGCAAUGGUGCCGGUGGCGCUUACAGCGCAUUUGAGGAUGCCCAAGGAAGACUGCCAAAUGGCUGGGAGCGUCGUGAGGAUCACCUAGGCCGAACAUACUACGUCGAUCAUAACACGCGACAAACCACAUGGAUCAGACCUGGCGCUGGCUUCAACGAGGCCGACCAACGCCGAGAUGUAGCCGCCCAGACCCAGCAGGAACGCAUGAGGCAUCAGAACCGUAUGCUGCCAGAAGACCGGACGGGAGCUAACUCGCCCACGCUGACCGACCGCCAACCAUCGCCACCGACUGGCUCAGCAAGCGCGGUAAGCAUGAUGGCAACAGGAGCAACUACUGCUGGUACAGGAGAGCUCCCCUCUGGCUGGGAGCAGCGGCAUACUCCCGAAGGUCGACCCUACUUUGUUGACCACAACACUCGGACGACAACAUGGGUGGAUCCCCGCCGACAGCAAUACAUUCGCAUGUACGGUGGACAGGCCGCAAACGGCAGCACCAUCCAGCAGCAGCCUGUUUCCCAACUUGGUCCGCUGCCAUCAGGAUGGGAAAUGCGCCUCACCAAUACAGCACGAGUCUACUUUGUGGACCACAACACCAAGACUACCACUUGGGACGACCCGAGGUUACCAUCUUCACUAGAUCAGAACGUGCCUCAGUACAAGCGUGACUUCCGUCGCAAGUUGAUCUACUUCCGAUCGCAGCCAGCACUCCGCAUCGUUAGUGGCCAGUGCCAUGUCAAGGUUCGCCGAACCCAUAUUUUCGAGGAUUCCUACCAUGAGAUUAUGCGCCAAAGUGCUGCUGAUCUCAAGAAGCGCUUGAUGAUCAAGUUUGACGGUGAAGACGGUCUGGAUUACGGAGGUCUUUCCCGAGAGUUCUUCUUCCUGCUUUCCCACGAGAUGUUCAAUCCUUUCUACUGCUUGUUCGAAUAUUCUGCGCACGACAACUAUACGCUCCAGAUCAACCCUCAUUCCGGUAUCAACCCCGAGCACUUGAACUACUUCAAGUUUAUCGGACGUGUCGUGGGUCUGGCCAUCUUCCAUCGUCGUUUCCUGGAUGCUUUCUUCAUUGGAGCUUUCUACAAGAUGAUCCUAAGGAAGAAGGUUGCGCUGCAAGAUAUGGAGGGUGUGGAUGCCGAUUUCCAUCGCAAUCUGGAGUGGAUGCUGAACAACGACAUUACCGACGCUCUUGAGCUGACCUUUGCGACUGACGAUGAGCGCUUCGGCGAAACUGUCAGCAUCGAACUAAAGCCCGGGGGUGACGAGAUCGAAGUCACUAAUGAAAACAAGCACGAAUACGUCGAACUCAUCACAGAAUGGCGUAUCCAGAAACGUGUCGAAGAACAAUUCCAGGCUUUCAUCACCGGUUUCCACGAGCUCAUCCCCGCGGAUCUAGUAAACGUUUUCGACGAACGUGAGCUCGAGCUGCUUAUCGGAGGUAUCGCAGAUAUCGAUGUUGAGGACUGGAAGAAACACACCGACUACCGUGGCUACACCGAGAACGACGAAGUCAUCCAGAACUUCUGGAAAUGCAUUCGUAGCUGGGAUGCCGAACAGAAAUCCCGUCUCCUUCAAUUCGCUACGGGUACCUCGCGUAUUCCUGUCAACGGUUUCAAGGAUCUGCAGGGUAGUGAUGGGCCGAGACGGUUCACUAUUGAAAAGGCUGGAGAACCAAAUCAAUUACCGAAAUCACAUACAUGUUUCAACCGUCUCGACUUGCCACCGUAUAAGACAUUCGAGGCGCUCAAUCAAAAACUCACCAUUGCUGUCGAGGAGACUGUCGGUUUUGGACAGGAGUAA